AUGGAGACUGAGGACCUAGAUCCCUUGGGAAGGCCUUUCCCAUUCCCAGAUGAAGAUUCAGGAUCAGCAUAUGAGAACCCGGAAAGCGAACAAAGCUUGUCUGAUGAGGAAGGAAAAGCUAGUCCUAGAGCUACCAGCUCCGGAAAAGGACGAAGGACCAAGACGUCGAAUAUAGCAACGUCGGAUCGAUCAGGUAAUAAUCGCGACAUAGCGUCAGACACGGAAGAGUCUCAAGAUGGAGCUUUCAUAGAGGAGCAAAACCGUCAGAAUGCAGAAUCAUGGGCUGCAACCUUCCAAGGCCCAGAAUCUCCAAGUGAGAUCAAACGCCUGAACCGGCCCUCUAUUUCCCGUCCUCGCAAACGGAAAUCGCACAAGCCAGCAAGUGGUUUGAGAGCCAAGCGCUUGAAGGCUUACCACAAUAACAAAUAUCGUGAGCUUAUGAAUACCAAUAUUCAUGAUGUCACCACCAAAUUGGCUCGCGGCUGGGACGAGUUUCCAAAGACUCAAAUUGGCAUCUCGAUUUGGACGUCUCAAGAGAAAGAUAAAUUUUAUUCGGCUUUGCAGCGCUUGGGAAGAGAUGAUAUUCGUGGGAUUGCGGAGCAGAUUGGAACUAAAUCCGAACAAGAAGUCCACGAGUACAUUCUUCUUCUGCAUGAAGGAUUAGUAGAUAAAAUCAGUCACGAGGAUCGGUCUCUCCCGCUCACAGAUAUCCCAGCAGCAGUAGAAAUCAGCGAAGAGUGCUGUGCAAUUUUAGAAAAAGCAGGGGAUUUUCUCGUUUCCCGCCAAGAGCUCCAUGAAGAGAAGGUGGAAAAGGCGAAAUGGGGAGAUACAUGGCUUGUCACGGAAACCAUUGCUCGUCGAUUAGAGAAAUAUCGACGAGACGGCGAAGGAGAAGCCGCUAUCGACCAAGUACUUCCGGCAACCAAUCUGUUCAAUCUCAGGAAUUGGCUGGAACUCUCAAGUCAAGUUUUCAUGAAUUCUAAUGUUGAUGAUAAUUGGCAAGACUUGGCUGAGGAGGGAGAACAACCAGCCAUUCGGGCUACGGCGUUCGAAGAUUUCCACUCUCUUGCUUUUAAUCAUACGAAGCGGUUGCUUCAAACUACACUGUUCUGCGCCAUGUCACGGGAAAAGGCUACGAGGUCUAAGAAGGUCAAACACGCAGAAGUCAAACCUGAUGAUGUGGAAGCAGCUGUUGCCAUUCUGAAAAUGAAAGGGGAUAGCAACGAGUUCUGGGUGAAAGCUUCUAGGAGAAAUAGGUUACGGGUUGUGAACGACGAUUCUUCAGGGGACGGAGAUGUAGCUAUGUCAUACGACGAAGUUGAAUCAGAACUGCAACCUACAGAACGUUUCCGCUCACGCUCUCGUUCCACGAGCCGUCCAGCUGAUGACCGAUCAGACCCAUCCUCGGAUUCUAGCGUGGACGACGCAUCAGAAGAUGAAAACGACAUAGACAACCUCACCUCAGAUCCCGAAACCGAUUCCUCGAACCGCCCAGAGCGGGCGCAAAAUCGCGCUCACGCACAUUUAGCAGCCCUCUACGCCGAAGAAACAGCAGCCGAGGCCUAUGAUAUGCGCGCUAGCAAGGCCGAAGAGAUCGAGCUGUGGAAGAUUUUAGAGCAAGAGCCGCCGGAUGAGAUCAUUAAGGAUGAAUUGGUCGAUCAGGAUGAGGCAUCCAAGGGCAUAAGGGAAACUAGAGACGGAGAGGAUUGGAGGGAAAGGAUUGAAGCAAUGAGUGAAUGGGAGGUCUUCAAGGAACCGAUACCUGAGGAGGCAUUUAGGAAGAACCGGUGGAGGAAGUCCAGGCGUGCGAUGCGCAAAGAGGAGAGAGGUGUUGCUGAAGUGUACAGUGACGAUAUUGAAGAGAGCGAGGGAGAUGGGUCGGAUAGACUUGUGGCUGAGAGUGAUGAAGGAGGUGUUGCUGAAGUGGACAAUGAUGAUAGUGAGGGCGAUGGAGAUAGGUCAGAGCGGCUUGUGGGUGGAAGUGAAGGAGAGCAUGAGGCAACCGAUAGCAAUUCUGAACCAUCUGAUGUCGAGAAAUUAGAUGAUGAGGGUCCUGUAGCUGGACACCGAAGUGUAUCUGGCGAGUCUGAGAAUUUAGAAUAG